CCAGCGGGGACUCGAGUCCUGAAGCACGAAAGAUAACUGCAGAUGUUGUAUAUCUGGAUUAAGACACACUCACACAAAACUCGGGUCAAGCAGAGGGAAAUGAACAACCGAUAUUUCGUGCCAAGACCUUUCAGCAGGAAUGACGAGGAAGAGUGGAGGGCAGAAGCCAAAAUAAAUAGAUUUUAGAUGCAGAUUUAAAAAAAAUAAUCUGGGCCCUGCAAUGAGUGAUUGACAUGGACACUCGAUGUACAUCUCGAACCCUGCAGGUGGUGGACACAGAGUACAGUGCAGAUGCUGUGGAGUGGUGCCCUAUUGACAAGUUUCAUAAUGUACUAACCUGUGGUACUUAUCAAUUAAAGAAUCCUGAGGAGAAGGGUUCAGGAGACUCAGAAAUUAAUGAGCCCCAGCUCCGGCAGGGGCGCCUUUACCUAUACUGCUUUCAACAGAAACAGCUUUAUUCUCCAUUAACGGAGGUACAAAGGAUUGAAAUGCCUGCAAUAUUAGAUCUCAAAUGGUGCCAUGUGCCAAUAGCUGGGUACCCUGUACUUGGAAUAGUGAAUGCUGAAGGAAGUCUGGAGCUGUGUAACCUAACACCAUGUGAGAAAAACAGCUGCCUGUUGGAGUCUGUGUGUAGUGUUAAGUUAUGGCCAGAAUGUCUGGCUCUGUCCCUGGAUUGGUCAACAGGAAGACAACAUGAACCUGUCAAGAUUAUUAGCAGUGACUCUAAGGGCUGUUUGAGUCUGGUGUCUGUGGAUAGCUGUAGACUGGAUGUGGUCUCUCAGUGGAAGGCACAUGACUUUGAGGCUUGGAUUGCGGCUUUCAAUUACUGGAAUACAGAUGUUGUUUACUCAGGAGGUGAUGACAGUAAGUUGAAGGUUUGGGAUAUGCGGAUGGGGACCAACAGACCACUCUUUACCAGCACUAGGCAUUCAAUGGGAGUGUGUAGUAUCCAGAGCAAUCCACAUAAACAACACAUACUGGCUACUGGAAGUUAUGAUGAGCAUGUUCUCAUUUGGGAUUCCCGGCAGAUGAAACAGCCAUUGGCAGAUACCCAUGUCCAGGGAGGUGUCUGGAGAGUUAAGUGGCAUCCAAGUCAGGAAAACUUGCUGCUUGCAGCGUGCAUGCACAAUGGAUAUCAUAUCCUAGACUGUGAGGGUGCACAAGGCCAAGAAAAAUGCCCCAUUCUUUACUCCUAUAUAUUGCACAAUUCAUUGGCAUAUGGAGCAGACUGGUCAAGACUAUCUGUUGAUACUCUACCCACCACUAAGCCUUGCCCUGUAUCGUCAUCUUUAUCUGAAACUCAAAGGAAAAAGGAAUGCAAGCAAGGAACAAAGGAAGCAGAAAUCAAAUUCCGGCACCUGAAGAUUCAGUAUGAAUCUCCCACUGGUUUAUUUGAUAUGGUGGUGGAAGAUGAGGUGGAUGAUUAUGGCACUGAGGUUUCUGGCAGUUUGCAGGCCGGAGGUGCAUCUCAUAGUCCAAAUGUGAACUGUGCCAUUACAGAGCAACAGAAUUACAAGGCAGGUAUUGACUGGACAAAGAAUAAGGGUGAUUUGUUGGCAACAUGUUCCUUCUAUGACCAUGUCUUGCACGUUUGGAAAUGGGAAAGAAAUAAUAUUGUAUCUUCCAUUUAAUUUUCUAUUUUAAAAAGUAAUGUUUAUAAAGUACUAGAGCAAAACCAUACUUGGUAAUGUGAGGGAGAAGAGCAUAGUCUGGUCAUUUUCAUUUUUUCAAUAUCCUGCAGGAAAAAACUACAAGAUUGAGCAAUAAAUUUAUAAUGAAGAUAGUUCAAUAUUAUUAAGUGAUAGUGAGAGGUGUUAAGUGAGAUUUCCUAAUGUCAGCUGUGUAGCUGCUUCGGGUAAAGCAAAAAGUAGGAGAAAUGUAUUCACCAUUAAUUUCAAAAUGUUCAACAACAAGAAGUGUGAUGAGAAAAUGGGGAGGAGAAAAAGAUACACUAAGAAACAUAGUAUUAUCAGUAAUACAUGAAGAAUUUAGUCAGAAAUGUUUCUUCAUUCAUUUAUUAAUUUAAACCAGAAUUAAGAGUUGGCAAAGGAAUUGAAAGAUUUGUAGAAGUCAUUUAAAUCAGUUUAUCUCCAAGGAUUCAUUUUGCUAGAACUUCCAGCAGUCAGGUGUCAAGAGAUAAUUUAGAAUUUUAGGCAAUAAAUUGGAAUUAUUUAUUAUUUUUGUCAAAUGCACUGAGGUAGAGUGAAAAGCUUGUCAUACACCCAUUCAUACACAUCAGUUUUUUUACACAGUGCAUUGAAAUGACGCUUAAUCUGGUGCUUUAUAAAUUUGUCUCAAAACGUCAUGUGACUAGUAAAUUGUUUCACUUCACUUUUGUGGUGAGCUGAGUAGCUAUACAAUUGAAGCUUCUCAUAGCAAACCUUUUUGGUCCUGUGGACCUCGUACAUUAAUUAAAGACUUGGAUCUCAGGAGUUUUUGCUUUAGAUUUCUAGGAAGUCCACUGUAGUUGUGCAAGGCUAAAUUUAUUUUUACUCAAGUAUGGAGUUAAACUAUUUUUGUCAAUCUUUUUGCAACUGCCGUCUGCAGACGUGUACAACAAAUUUUUAAUGUAUAUACACAUCUUAAAGAUGCUCUAGAAGGUAAUUAUGCUGAGUAUUUGAUGUUUGUUCUUGAAUAUUCUUGAAAGUGUUCCCCAUGGGGAGAGAAAGGGUGUUUGUAAUAAUACUCUUCUCUAAUUAUUUGUUACAUCUAUCUUCCUGUUCCCCUACCUUGCUCCAUAGCAUCCUGUGCCAAGAUAAAUUAUGGGGAAUAAUGAGGUUAAGCAUAAUUCUGGUUGCUCCAGUUUCUUCCCACAGUCCAAAGACUUCUGAUUACUAGGUUAAUUGAUCACUGUAAAUUAUCCUGUGAUUAGAUGAGGGUUAAAUAUGAGGGUUCUGGGCAUUGCAGCUCGCUGGGCUGGAAGGACCUGUUCUACACUGUACCUCUACAUAAGUAAUUGUUUCUCAAAAAGGGAUGUAUUGAAAAUAUAAUUGUUUCUCAAAGGGGUUAUUUGUAAAACAUUUUGAUAUCACUUUGAUUAAAUAAUUUACAUUUAUGUAACGUCUUUGAAGGUUGAAUUUUUUUGUCUGUUUAAACUAUAUUCUU